CGCUUUAAAGCCAUCGACUUUUUUGUGAUUCAGAUUGAAUCUUUUGAUGGGUUUGCUAGAUUUUAUUUUCUUUGGUACCGAUUGGGUUUAACAUUAUCUCGAUGCGAUUGUUCGUGUUGAGCAGUGGGACGCCUCUUUCAGAGUAGGAAGGAAUUGGUGAAAAAAGUUUCCUGUUUUGGAAAGGGUUUGAUUUGUCUUCAUGUUAAGAGCAGCGUGACUUCUUCUUUCAGAAUCCAGAGUAAGCAAUCGACGAAAGUUUCCUGUUUUGGAAGAGUUAGGUCUUAGCUGCUGGCGAUUGGUUUCAGAACAAAACGAGACAGAGAAAAGUUUUGUCUUUGGCAUCUAUGUUUGGGGGUGUCUUGUCUAUGCCUGUGAAUAGUCCUCACUUGCGCAAAUCUGGAAGUAGACACAUCGUCACUAAUCUUGGAGAUAAUGACUUGAAGACCGCAAGUAUGCUUCUGAGUACAUAUGCUAAAUUGCAAACUCCUAUAUUCCUUCGAAGUCUCAAGGUUGCUCUGUAUAUUGGUGGUCUUUAUGUUUGUGGAAAGAUUGGAUUUGAAUCUGUAAUGAAAAUGGGAGUAGACACAAGAGAACUGUUCUUCUAUGAGACAUUUCUGUAUUAUAACCCUCUCCUUCUCAUUACACUCAUGGUCUGGCUCUGGGGUGUUAAUUUGUGGGUUUUUUCUCGGUCUGGAGUUGAUUAUGCAGCUAUCUUUUAUCUAGGACCAGAUCAUCUUAGUCACAAAGAGAUAUGGAAGUGUGCCAGGUGGAUGACAACAAUUAUAUUGACUAGCAUGACUGCCUAUCUAUAUCUAUACUCGCACGGAGAUGUAAAAUUGGCUGCAUCUCAACCAGUGGCUUUGUAUUUCUCAGCUGUGAUUAUUCUGAUCAUCCCUUUCGAUAUCUUCUACAUGCCGUCUCGCUACUAUUUGCUUUGGACUUUUUGGCGAAUACUCUUCCCGGUGCAGGCAGUGACUUUUUCGGACUUCUUCCUAGCUGAUAUCCUGACUUCAAUGUCAAAGGUUUUAUCAGAUUUAGAACGUUCAGUAUGUCGUAUGGUCCAUCGACAGGUGGCUACUGUUGCAUGGUUUGAAGCCGAUUCGGUUUGCGGGAGUCAUUCUGCUGCAAUUCCCUUGGUUCUUGUUCUACCUUAUCUUUUCCGGCUGUUCCAAUGCAUUCGUCAGUAUAAAGAUAGCAAGGACAUUGCAAACAUCUAUAAUGCUGGGAAAUAUUUAACCGCGGUGCCUGUCAUCUUUCUUUCAGCCCUCAAGUAUUAUAUCGAUCCAGAUACAUGGACGUACUCCAUUCAGCCGGCAUGGAUCCUCGCUGGUCUAGCUAACACUUUCUUUUCCUUCUUUUGGGAUAUAUUACGCGAUUGGGAUCUAAGUGUCUUCACUCGGAUUUUCAAAUUCAGCAGACCAAAUCUUUUCUCCCAUCUACUGUAUGGACGCCGUUGGGUACAUGUUUGGGUAAUCGGAAGCAAUCUGGUACUAAGGUGGACAUGGACGUAUAAGUUAUCUGCUCAUCUCCGUAACAACUACAUCACGGUCUUCAUCAUCACUGCCUUGGAGAUUUACAGGCGAUUCCAGUGGGCGUUUUUCCGUAUAGAGAAUGUAUGGUACAAAAUCAACAAUCCCAAGCAUACUUCUCAUCAAUCUAAUCCUCUUUCACUCCAAAACGAUAUCGACAGCGAACAUGAGAAAUUACUCGCUCACAGUCACAGCCCCGGUGUAUAAAAAUCUCAACGUUCUUGUUGUUUUGUGCUAAGUUCUGGAAAGUUUUGAAUAACAACACAUACAAAGUACUCUGUUACUUAUACUGUAACUUGUAACUUCCAUUACAGAGAGAGAGAGAGACUACACUGGCUCUAUAAUGUACAGGAAGAUGUGUAAUUGUGUAAUUUCUCUUGGAUUAAUAUUAUCUUUACCUGUUCUUGUAAAAGAUAAAACUUAUAAAGCAUUAAAGAAACUUGCUUUAGGUGCAA